AUGACCUUGAUUGCCAUCGGUGAGGACUGCCGAUGGGAACAAGUGAAUCCCAAAGCAAUCACAGCCGACGAACUGUACGGGACGAACUUUAAGGGCGAGUGGAAGGAUGGUGCGAUCUCGGUGAUCAUGCGGAACAUGAGCAAGGAAAUCAAUGGAUACAAGAGCACUCAUUUGCACAAGUGGGUCGUUCUCGACGGGGACAUUGAUGCUACCUGGAUAGAAUCCAUGAAUACUGUUAUGGAUGACAACAAGGUCCUGACACUGGUGAGCAAUGAACGCAUACCCUUCACGCCCACCAUGAGAAUGCUGCUGGAAAUUCAGGAUAUGAAACAUGCCAGUCCAGCGACCGUCUCACGUGGUGGCGUUUUGUACAUCAACGAGACAGAUGUGGGAUGGAAACCUUUUGUGGAAAGCUGGAGAGAACAGAUGGAUCCGGUGGCGCAGAGCACUUUCUACAUGCUCUUCACACAUCAAUUCGAGGGCAACAUUGAGCAGCUUCGAAAGAACUUCGCAUUCACGUGCCCCAUCUUGGAUAUGGGCUUCGUCCAGACCGUCACUUGCUUGCUCGAUGCCCUGCUGAUGACAGAUCCAGGCACUGCGACAGGGAGAGAUGCCGAAGGUAAACACACCACCUUGGAAUAUCUCCGAAGUAUGACCACCGAGGAACAGAAGGUGAUCUACGAAUCCUUUUUCACAUUUGCGCUGAUGUGGACUUUGGGUGGUGCAGUUGCAGAUGACAAGAUCGUGAAUCAUCGGAAGGCUUUCAGUGCCACCUUGAGAUCGAUGGCGCGUGGUGUGAAGUUGCCGGAAGUCGGUGAAUGCUUCGAUUUUCACUUCGAGGUGCAGACCAAGGAAUGGGUUCAUUGGGAAAAGCGUGUGAAGCCUUAUGAACCUCUGACCGAAGUUCUCUACCAGAACAUUGUUAUAAGCAAUGUGGAGCUGGAGCGAAUGAA